CGGAAUCAAAGCGCAUGAACUCACGCACGGAUCCACAAUUCAGAUUGUGAGAGAGCUUACCUUGGUCAUGGCUCCCUUUCAAGCUGCGACCGAGAUCUCUUCUGAAGCAUCGUCAACGGCAGGGCUUGCUCGUGCACCUCUAUGACCUAUAUCCCCCACAGCUGUUCAAUGUACCUAGCCAUCCAUCCAUCCGCUGCGUUUCUCAACUUCUGAAGCACAGCUUUGACGUGCUGGGAUUCUGCGAUUCGACCAACCACUGAAUUCACCCAUCACUGGAACAUCCAACAAGCUUGGGACUUUUCCAUUGACGAGCUUCUGGAGCGCUCUACGCACGUUUCUUCUGCAAAGAUCGCCAUAUCAGCAAGGCAAAGCAAUAGCAUCUCAACUCGCCCUGACACAGGGCCAGAGGCCGCCUCUGGACCCGGGCCACGCUGCGCUUCUCUUUGGCCGUCGCAGUAAUAUCAAGAUGGAUGCAGAAGAAGUCAGAGCCUACCGGCUUCAACAGGGAUCCUCAUCUGAUCAGAUCCACGGCACUGAUGACCCUCCCAAAGUGAUACAUCUGCGCUUGUCCAAGGACGUGGCCGAGGCGCUUCGGGCAGGCAGCCAUGCUGCUGAAAUCGACCUGAGCGCGGAUGGUGCAUCGAUUAGAUUAGCCGGAACCUCUCAUCCACUUAGCAAAGCGCCAGACGAGUCAUUGCACGAGCUGUAUGCUGUGGGCGAUGCUCGCUCAGACGCGGGGACGCUGCGGCACGUAGGUGCGAUCAGCCACAAGUACUCUGCCAAACCUUCAUCCAUCGCCUCAAGCGGCGCCGCAUCCAGGCUGAAGGAACGCAGGGAAGAAGAAGCUGCGAGAAGGGAUGCGCGUCAGGCCGUACUCAUGGAGCAGCCCACAUCCUCCAAACGAGCCAAAGCUUUAUCUUCGGCUGUGAGCACAUCGGACGUGUCGAGGGCUUCGCCGGUCAGUAAAGCCAAGCGUGGGAUUCUUGGAUCGCCAGCGCAGCUCAUCACUGGUGUGUCGUCGCGCCCCGCAACCCCUAUGCGGGACGCGCCAUCCAAGCCGCCGGAGACUCGGGGCGGUGAACAGCCUGGUAGCGCUCGCGCUCAAUCGCUCUCCCGAAUGGUGUCAAAUGCCGUUCCUAGCGUGCGUCAUGAGAACUCAGACGAUGCAGACGCUCAGGCGGCGCGGAGAUUCAUGACCUCCUCUCCACCCAGCCUUCGGACUCGACUCAUCCACCUCCUCGCGACAGGACCCCUGCAACGCAGAAUCCUUGUUGCUCAGCUGAAGUCUCCUGAACCUCAAAUUGUCAAGCUGCUCUCAUCCUUGGCUGUGAUCCCACAAGAUUUGCAACUCAUUCCCUCCGACAAGAUGAAGAAGCAUUUUAAAGGACCGGUCAACCGUCGGUCGCUUCCUGCACCGCCAGGCAAUGCCAGUGCGCCAGGCACUCCAGGGCCAGGGACCGUAUAUGCGCUCAAAGAUACUACGUAUCAAGACGUUCAGCUCGAUUGGCCGGAGUGGAACUCUAGAACAAAAGUCGAAGUCAGCGAUCUGGCAGAAGCUGCCUUCGACAGGCUUGAGCUGGCCGACGACGCUCCGCAGAGGCUGGCACUGUACCCUGACGGACGUCCGACACAAGCCGCUCGGGACGAAUGGAGACGCAACGCCAAGGCGAAAGAAGCAGUCGAGAAAAUGGACGAUGGAGAGGAUCUCAGCGAGGAAGGUGAAUGGAACGAGGAGGAGGAGGACGCUCAUGCCGAGAAGUCGGCCCCUGCGGAGAGCGAGGUGGAGUCUCGCUCCCAGAGCCAUCCAGGGUCAAAAGGCUUAGGACUGAUUGGUGCUGAGAUGGACGGCGUUGGCACACAGCCAUCGGAGAGUCCGGCGCGCGCUCAGGCGUCAGAUAAAGCCCAGCACACCUUGCGAGACGCGCCUUCUGGCUCACCCCCAAAGCCAAAUCCCACUCCUGCAACGAAGGCACCGCCUAGCAUCGGUGCCAAAAAGAAGGGAAUCUCUGUCGUGAGCAAAGUGAAGAGAUCCCUACAAAGCCGAACCUCUCAGACGAGCUCUAGAGCACCCGUGACGGUCCCAGAACACUUGUCUGAUGUGGACGAUGCCAAGAAUGUACCGUCUCAAGCGGACGCGCAGAUCAAGAAUGCAGCCAAAACAUUCCUGGCGGCAAAAUGCAGUGCAGCAACCAAAACCACAAAAGUCAAAGGCACUAAGAGACCGCUUACGAAGGAAGAAGACUUUGAUGCAUCGCUCGCAUCCAGCAAACGUGCUCGUCUGCUGCGCGAGGCUACUGCAGAGAGACGCUCUCCCUCUGCAGCUGAAACCACAAAACCUGCGCCGUCCAAGCCAGCGGGAGUUGCCUCGCAAAAGAUCAAGAAGCCAGCAGAAGACAGAGGUGGCCCCUCAAAGACUUCCAGGGCGCCAAUUCUUCCUCCUGCAAGGGAUUACACGGAUACGGAAGACGACCAGGAAAGGGCGGAUGAACGUGGCCGAAGCAAGCAUCGCGUAAGGAUGCAAGACGCGGCCAUAGCUCGUUCUGACCAGCCAGGUAUCCGAUCCCGCGUACGUCGGAGCUAUUCUUCCUCCGUCUCCCCCGACCGAGCUGCGCAGGAGGGCCCCCGCCAAAUGCCGUCUCGACGCCGCGACACUUCUGCAUCUCCAAUUCGCUCGCAAUCCGGUUCGCGUCGUCAGAGUUCUGGCAUUCAAGCACGCCACGGGGUAGGAGCUGGUGCGCUGAGCCUCGCAGAGCCCUGGUUGGACGUCCGCAAUGCAGGCGAUUGGCAGCAAUUGAAAGAGCGAUUUGCCAAGAUGUAUACGGAGUACAGAACGGGACAUGAUCGGAUCAAGAUGGAACGCAGAGCUUUGCAAUACGAGUUGACGCUUGCGAGAGCCGAAGAGAGCGCUACCGCAUCCGCCAUCGCUGCUGCUGCCGCUCUAGAGAGGGAGAGGAGUAGGGAAAGAAGCGCCGAAAUCGACCUGAUCCGAGAGAGACAGCUACAGGAAGAGGCUAUUCUUCGAGUUCGCCAGAUGAAUCAGAACGAGGACGCGCUUACUUGGAGAAGCGAGCCGCCUUUGGGUCCCAACGGUCAGCACGCUCUGGGUCCAGCUCCUACUCGAACUAGAGCUCCAAUGCCGUUCGAGAAGCUUGUCGAGCUUGUACAGCGUCAAGAAGAUCUUCACGGUCAGCUGAGGCGCAUGAUGAGCGCUCUGAAGAGUAGCAAAGAGAGAAUAGAACAUGGUAGAGCUGCCAUGGUCGCGUAAACGAUUUGAGAUCGCAUCCUUCGGUCCAAAGUCCGUCAUUCAGAUAAAAGCACAGAAAGAGAGAUCCACAUUUGUAAUCCUAUCCCAUUCCAUCCCAUUCCAUCCCAUUCCAUCCCAGCCGACAUUGUUUGGUUCAUGGUCGACGUUCGCAUUCUUCUCUCGUACCUGUUCGAGAUUCGCAUUUCCACCCACAUGUUCGACGUGUCAUCUUUACCUUGAAUAGCAAUGAACAUCAAAAGAAG